GUAAAGCCCUCGAAGUGCUAUCACAGUAAUCACGCUAUUAACCAACACUUUGUAUAUAAAUAGAAGCUAAUCACACAUUCACUCUGCCAUUGACAACUUUGCAGCCAAUCACAAUUCACAUUUCAGUUCACCCAUAAUCAAGAUUCACAUCAAUCCCAGUGUUGAUUCUACUACAAGAAGUUUUUUCUCCAUUUACACGAUAGCUAUGGAAACAUCAUCUCCAUAUUUGCAUGUUUUCAGCUCAAAUUAUAUGAUGAAAGAGAACAAGGGAUCAAAAUGGACAGAAGAACAGAACAAAUGGUUUGAAAGUGCUCUGGCUAUAUUCGAUACAGAAACGCCAGAUAGGUGGUCAAAUGUGGCUGCUUUUGUUCCAGGGAAAUCUGAGGUUGAAGUGAGAGCACAAUAUGAAGAAUUGAAAGCUGAUAUUAAUAAUAUAGAGGCUGGUUUGGUUGAAGACCCGGGCUACUUGACCUAUAAAUCAGAUAUGGUUCAUGAUCAUGGAUUCAAUUCUUUUGGGAAUAGGUUUUUCAGGUCAAGAUCCUUAGACCACGAGAGGCGAAAAGGUAUACCCUGGACUGAAGAAGAGCACAGGCGAUUUUUGAUGGGUCUUCAGGUUCAUGGAAAAGGAGACUGGCGAAAUAUUUCUCGCAACUUUGUGGUGACAAAAACACCGACACAAGUAGCAAGCCAUGCUCAAAAGUACUAUGCAAGGCAACAUUCAGAAGGGAAAGAAAAGAGGCGGCCUAGCAUUCAUGAUAUCACUACCAUCCACCUGCCACAAGCCCCCAAUUUCUCAGGUGAUCACACUGACAAAUCUUCACCAUUACUCAACACACCAAACAGUGGAAUCAAUAUACGAGUAUACAAUUCUGGUCUCUAUUUACAACCAACAAGGUAUCAGAUACAGGGUUAAGCGGCCAAGAUUUGAGCUAGUAGUUGAAUUCAGCAUCUUAAUCAUUUGUACUCGAUGUUAUUAUGUACUCAAAGUCUCGAUCGAUAAAUCUGAAUGGUUUGUUGCACCAGGUUUUAAUUCUGAGCCAGACAACGGAUUCCAAGCAUAGGUUUUUAGUGUUAUCUGUGAUCAUUGAUCAAGAUCAUAAUGAAAAAUGUAGAAUGAUAAGUGAAACCUCAUUGGCUAAGUUUUACUCAUCAAAAUUA